UUCUCCUCUGUAAUUGUCACUUUGUUUGUUUACAUGUACACCCCAUUACAGUAACCCUGCCACAGUGUUGUUGGCAUGCACUAUGUCCACGUGGCGGCUCCUGAACCUUAUACAUCAGAAUCUAAGCAAAAGGUUAAGUUGGGUGGUUCCAUUCAUUCAUGUAGCUAGAGAAUGCUGUGUGUGGUUCAAGUAAUGGCAGGCAUUCGCUUCAACUUCUCUUUGAAGCUCUCUUUCUCUCUCUCGCAUUUUUUUAGGCAACAAUUUAUGGAUUUGAAGGACAACAGGUGAUAGAUACAAGGAUUACAACUGCCACAACCCCUCAGAUUGCGGAUAAUUAUCAACAUUGCUGAAACAGAUUGAUGCUUUCAGGAUAGAGAGUUUAAGCCAAAAAUGGAUGCGAAUAAUGAGAACAUAGAACCAGUGACUGAUCUUGCUCUGGAUUAUUCAAUUCAGUGUAUUCAGAGCAGGCUGAACAGUGAUUCAGGUGCAGGUGCAAAUGCAGGUUCAGUGUUAGGCAUGACAUUUGUGGCCACGGAGCCCCUGUCAGAGUUAGUUUGGUCUACAGAUAAAGGUGCAGGACCAAGCAAUGUGAAUCUUUCACCGCCACAAAGCAUUACAGGUGGGAGGCCUAUUUCUGAGAAGCCUUUAGAAGAAGAGAAUUUUAUAGCCUCAGAUACAUCAUUUCGUGUGAAGAGUGAAGCUGCUGGCAAAGAUGCUUUGACUAUGUCGCCGACAAGUGAUGCUGGCGUCAUGCUGGCACAUGGGUCGAGCCAUGAAUCUGAGACAGCAGAAACAAUUCCUAAUGUGGAGGAAGUGAAAACAGCUAUGGAAGUAUCUAUUUUGCAUAAACAGCUGGACACUUGCGGUCCAAUCAAUUUCAAAAUAGAUGAAAUACCUGAGAUGCCUGAAACUGGAGAAAAUUUUCUUACAACAUUGCCAGGUGAUGUUGACAGAGAAAGGGUUAAUAUGAUGCAACCAGAUCAAAUAAUACCUUUUGUGGAACAAAGUGAACCAUUAUUGGAGGAUCCUGUCGGUGAAGACAUACGUGCUGAUGAUGGAAAUCCGAGUAGGGAAAUGGAUUUUCUUUUGACCUCCAAAGCCUACCUAGUGAAUGAAAGUAGAGAUUCUGGUGCUUUUGUGGUGGAUCAAAUUUCCCAAGGCAGUAGGCCCUUGGAUAAAAUGGAGUCAACUGCUGAUAAUGAUGUACAGAUACUGAGAAGUGAAAAUGCUUAUGGUGCAGCAAGUCAGAAGUUAGGAUCAGAAUGCCUCCUCCGGGAUAAAGAUAGCUUUGAGAAGGUUGAGGAGUUGCUUCCUGUUAACGACUCUGUUCUGGACAAACACUCUCCAACUAACAGUAGAAUCCAUAAACAUCGAAGGAAAGGCAAGGAAAAGGCUUUAUCUGAUGGAGAUCUUAGUGGGAGAAGGUCCAAAAAAGCUGUAUCUGAUGGAAAUAUUAGUGGCAGAAUGUCAAACGAAGGGGAUGAUAGCCAUGAGAGUGUUGAAAGCUGUAACAGUGCUAGGUUGGUGUCAUCAGGCAAGAAGAGGUGGGGCUUUGAAGAACAGUUUAUUGUUGGGACUAAAAGAUUCAGAAAGCAAAUUCAAGAAACACCUGGUUGCAGUUCCUAUGUUAAACAAGAUAGCUCCUUCAUGAAUUGGAUAUCAUGCAUGAUGAAGGGUUUCUCAAAAUCAAUACAGGAUGAAGCACUACCUCUUACCGUUGUACAUCCUGAUCAUGCACGUGAGAGUUCUGAUAAGAAACUUAUCACAUACAACAAGAACCAAGAUGCUGGAAUAAAAAGUAUUGGUUUCCAGUCAAUUUUUAAGUCCUUGUAUUGCCCAAGGGCAGAGGACCAGGGAACAAGAAUUUCAAGUGGCAAUCAUGAAAUAAGAGAAAGACCUGAGGAACUUAAGCAAGCUAUUAUUCCAAAAGGUUUUCAUGGGGAGAAAAUGAAUCUAGGCAAAGGAUGUCUGCUGCCAGUUGGGAAGUUCAAUGAAUCAACUUGCUGUAAUGAAGUAGGUUCAGCAAUCCAACCUGAGACUUUAUCUGCAAAAGUUGCCGGUAGUCAGGAGAAAGGCAAUAAUACUGAUUCUGUGGAGAACAAAUGUGGAGUUAGCUCUACUUCUUCUCUGGGAAAACGUAAGAAAACAAGUGUUGAGCAUGUUGAAUCUGACCCACAGCCUGAAGGAAAGACAACUGAUAAGUUUGAUCAUCGAAGAGACCUUCUGGGAAGUUUGUGGGUAACUCGCUUUACCCCAAAAAUAUCAGGUCUAUCAUUAAUGUCAGAUCGUUACAGUGUUGGUGCAGUUCUUGACUGCUCCAAUGACAAGAAUAAUGUGGGGGUGGAGGAGCAGUCAGUUGAAGAUAUAGUUUCUGUCUCCGGUAAUGAGCCACGGGAGUGUGCAGCGGACAAUGCAGGCUCACUUGCUUUUAAUAGAAACAAAAGCCAGAGUGAUGAGAAGUCAGUUUCCAAACUAAAUCCAAUGUUUCCUGCCCCUAAGUUCGGAGGUACUGAAGCAAUGGCUUCUGUCUUUGCUAGGAGAUUAGAUGCUCUUAAGCACAUCAGCCCAUCUGGCAUAACAGGUAAUGCUGCUGAUAAAAUCAUGACCUGUUUCUUUUGUGGCAUAAAAGGUCACCAUUUACGAGAGUGUUCGCAGAUAAAAGAUACUGAACUUCAGGAUUUAUCAAGUAAAUUCAAGUCCUAUAAUGGAGCAGAGUAUUUGUCUUCUUUCUGCAUUAGAUGUUUUGAAUGCAAUCAUUGGGCUGUUGCAUGUCCUAAUGCGACCUCAGUGGGACAACCUCAAUUGGAAUGUAAUUUGUCUUAUUACUGCAGUCCUAAUCAAACUAAGCUUAACGCAGAAGGAAAUAUGAAGCUCCUAACUGGUGAAGAGAGUCAAUCUGAAGCUUCUGUGGAUCAGGAUGACUCGAGACUGCAGACAGAUCUCAAUUUGAGCUGGAAAUCAAAUUCAGCCUCCAAGAAGAUGAGACAUUCUUCAAAUUCAGUUAAAAGAUACAGUGCUUCAAGCUCUGGGCAAACUAAGAUCAAACAAAAAUCGGUCAUCCCUUUGUCACAGUUUGUCAAUAUACCAGUUACAGAUGUACCUAAAGGAAUUUCUGACUCUGUAAAAAGGCUUCGCUUGUCUCGCACAGAUGUCCUGAAAUGGAUGGAUUCUCAUACCUCGCUCUCAAAUCUGGAGGGGUUUUUCUUGCGUCUGCGGCUUGGUAAAUCUGAAACAGGACUAGGCGGAACUAGAUACUAUGUGUCAUGUAUAACUGGCACAACAGGUUCUCAGAGGGAAAGUCAUCCACAGAAUGCCAAAAACUCUAUAUCAGUCAUUGUUGGGGGGAUUAGAUGUGUGGUUGAGGCCCAGUAUGUAUCCAACCAUGAUUUCCUUGAGGAUGAGCUGAGGGCAUGGUGGUCUGCAACCACAAAAAACAAUGCCAAGAUUCCAUCUAUUGAAGACUUGAGAGAGAAGAUAGAGAUGAAAAAACUGUUGGGCUUGUAGCUUAACCAUGCAGUAUAAUAUUUCUUAGUUUUGAGUUUUGUGCAAAACGCACGAGUGAUGAUCUGCUAGACGGUCUCUGUACAUACAAAGUUUUCCCUCAAAUAUUCUUUUAUACACAAAGCACCUUGUGCCGCUGAAUAGUAGGAAUUGUAUUCGCCUGCAAUUAUACAGAGUUGAAGAAAUCUUUCAGUGAUAUCCUCAUAUUUUCUUUUA